AUGCCUCCCCGCAAGCUGCCCUCCUUCCACAUCGAGUCCAUCCUGGCCCAGCCCGAGCCCCCCGCGCCACCGACUGUUUGGCCCCCUCCCCUGGCCCCCUCCUGGCCCCUGGGCUACUCGCUGGACGUCCUGCCUGGCCACCUGGGCCUCUACUUCAGCCCUCCUCCUCCAGCUGGACCCCCGGCCUGCCCUCUGGGCCUCGCCUGCCCCUCUGGAGGGCUGGAGCCGGCUGGGUUUCCGGGCUCGCCGCCGUGGCAGACCAAGGCGCCGGAGAAAGCGAAGCGGGUCCGGACGGUGUUCAGCGCCAGGCAGCUGGAGAGGCUGGAGGAGGAGUUUAUCAAGCAGCAGUAUCUGGUGGGAACCGAACGCGUCCAGCUGGCCACCAGCCUCAAGCUCUCCGAGGUGCAGGUGAAAGUCUGGUUCCAGAACCGGAGGAUCAAGUGGCGGAAACAGGGGCAGGAGCAGAAGGCGGCCAAGAGGCCGCCCCCGUCCCCGCGCUCGUCCGACGAGGGUGACCCGGGCUACCAAGACAACGCCAUGGACGGCGACAACUGA